GGUUCGGACUGAGGCUUUUGGGAAGGUGGCGGAAAGAUGGCAGCCCCCGUAGACGCGCAGGACUCUAUGGAUGCAGAGCCCGUCGCGGGAAGGCUGGGGGGCUCGGGAGUGAAGGUGGUGCUCCUUUCGGAUCCUGCUGCGCCCGCCCCGCUUUGCCCUCACGGUCCUACCCUUCUGUUUGUAAAGGUGAACCAAGGCAAGGAAGAAACACGGAAGUUUUAUGCCUGUUCAGCCUGUAGAGAUAGAAAAGAUUGUAAUUUUUUUCAGUGGGAAGAUGAAAAGUUGUCAGGAGCCAGACUCGCUGCACGGGAAUCUCACAACCAGAGAUGUCGGCCUCCCCUCUCUCGGCUGCAGUGUGUGGAAAGGUACCUGAGGUUCAUCCAGUUGCCCUUGACUCAGAGAAGGUUCUGUCACAGCUGUCAGCAGUUGCUGCUACCAGACGAAUGGGGGGAACACCAAGAGCACCAUGUUGUGGGCGACCUUUCUGUCACCCAGUUAAGAAGGCCCAGCCAGCUCCUUUAUCCUCUGGAAAACAAGAAGACCAAUGCCCAGUACCUGUUUGCGGAUAGGACCUGUCGAUUCUUGGUCGGCCUCCUCUCUACCCUAGGCUUCAGAAGGGUACUGUGUGUUGGCACACCAAGGUUGCAUGAGCUGAUCAGGUUGACAACAUCUGGUGACCAGAAGUCUAACCUUAAAAGCCUUUUACUGGAUAUUGAUUUUCGGUACUCCCAGUUUUAUUUGGAGGAUAGCUUUUGCCACUAUAACAUGUUUAACCACCAUUUCUUUGAUGGAAAGCCUGCCCUUGAAGUGUGCAGAGCAUUUCUACAGGAAGAUAAAGGUGAAGGAGUCAUUAUGGUGACAGACCCUCCUUUUGGUGGCUUGGUUGAACCUUUGGCUGUCACAUUCAAGAAGUUGAUUGGUAUGUGGAAAGAAGGUCAAGGCCAAGGUGACAGUCUCCAAGAAAUGCCCAUUUUCUGGAUUUUCCCCUACUUUUUUGAGGCCAGAAUUUGUCAGUUUUUUCCAAGCUUCUGCAUGCUGGAUUACCAGGUAGAUUAUGAUAACCAUGCACUUUAUAAACAUGGAAAGACAGGUCGAAAGCAGUCUCCUGUGCGUAUAUUUACCAACAUUCCUCCCAACAAAAUAACCCUUCCCACUGAAGAAGGGUACAGAUUUUGUCCACUGUGUCAACGAUACGUUUCUCUUGAAAAUCAGCACUGUGAGCAUUGUAAUUCUUGUACAUCCAAGGAUGGCAGGAAAUGGAAGCACUGCUUUCUCUGCAAAAAGUGUGUAAAGCCUUCCUGGGUCCACUGUAGAUUUUGCAAUCACUGUGCUGUCUCACAUCACUCGUGUGAGGGCCCUAAUGAUGGCUGCUUUAUUUGUGGUGAGCUGGAUCACAAACGCAGUUCUUGCCCUAACAUCGGCAUCUCGAAGAAAGCCAGCAAAGCUGUCAAGAAGCAGAAGCAAAGAAAAAGUAUUAAGAUGAAAAUGGAGACCACUAAAGGACAACCCAUGAAUUAUAAUCUGUUACAAGGAAAAAGAAGAGGACGGAAAGAGCCCAUCAAUAUCUCUGCGCUUAAAUGUCCAGUGACUUGAGAAUAAGGAAGAUUUAUAGUGCAGCCUUUGAUGCCAUUUUCUGCAAGUGCCACACUGGACUGAAACUCAGUGGCUUUCACAGGUGCUGCCCCUUCCUGAGCUCAGUAAUAGAUACGUGGCACUGGCUGGUUUAUCGUCCCCUCUGCCUCAGAGCCUGGGCGUUGUUCCUCCUCCGCUGGCGCACCAGCUCUUUCCUCCUCAAGUCUUCCCAGCCUUACUACUUUGGCCUCUUUUUGUCUGAAAAAAAGACCCCGUGCUUCCAUUUACAGUGUCGAAGAAAAUGAAAAUGGAAACCUAUGAUGUUUGUUCAUAUUGAACACAAAAAUAUGUUAAAUACUAAACAGUGCUUUAAACCCC